UUAUGCAUCGCAUUAAAGCAGCUGAACAUGUAGGAAUUCAUUUGACAUUGUUUUUUAUUGCUGAUGCAUUGAUUCAAUUAGAGCUUAAUUUGUGAUUUGCAUGAAUAAUGUAAGGCUAAUUUCCCAUUGUUUCUGAUUGCAUAUGCAUUAAUUCGAUGUUCAUGGUGCAGUUAUUGGUUUCCACUUCUAAGGUAUUGUUUAGUUUGGUCUUAGAAAUUAGCAUUGCACAUUUAGCUGAUUAUAUUAUGUUUGUUGUAAGUGAUUAGUGGUUAGAGGGUGGCGAUCAAUUUCAGUGAUUUGUUUGUUUAGCUGAUUAAUUUAUGCUUACAGUUAUUUCUUCGUUUAGAUAUUAAUUUAUGCACCUUUGUGGGAUUUACAACAAUUCAGGCAUUGGGAAAAUGGAUUUGGGAGGACUAAAUUGUUUGAUCCUUUUUAUGGUGAGCCUCUUAGUUAUCCGUUGGUCUAUUGUUUUGCAUGUUGUGUGAGAGGGUUUCUCUUUUACAGCUUUUGCUCAAGCUUUGGGAAGUGGGAUUAAGGUUUCAAAAGAGAUUAAGCUACUGUUUGGUUAGCUCAAGUGUUGGGAACUGCUGCUCAAGUUUUGGGAAGUGGGAUUAAGCUGUUUCUUUUAUGCUGGUUGCAGCUCAGCUUUUUACCCAGUGGUUUUUAGAUGGUGAACCUUAUUAUCUAUCGGUCUAGCACUUUUCAUACCAAUGGAGUUAUGAGCUUGCGAUGGGUGGAGGUGCUAGCUCUGCUGUGGCUGGUCCUGAAACUCGAAAAGUGUCUAUUUCUUUUUCCUGCCUGCUCCAGCAAGUUGUAGAGUAUCUGAAAAUUCCUCAGCCGGCUUACUACUUGGUUGAUGCGAGAAAGAAUGAUGUGAAGCUUGUCUUGGAGACUGACCCAGGUUUGGGCUUCUAUGUGUAUGAGGGUGGUCCAGCUAAAACAGUAGCAGAAUCGCGUGAAAUAGCUGCUGAAAAAGGCGUUCUUUCACUUAGGAUGGAGUACAACAUUCAGGUUGAAGACUUGACUUCUAAGAAAAUUAAGAAGCUCCAGUGUUGUGAAUUUCUCUAUCAGAUGAAACGCAUUGAGCUCGAGUCAAUGGAAAGGGAGGCAGGGAAAGUGCCAGUCAAGUGGCCAGAUGUGCCAAACCACAAGCGCUGCAAGAAAUAUGUGUGCAUUGAUUACAUGGAUGUUCUGCGUAUUCUAACUGUGGAGACUAAAGCGCGUGUUUCGGCAGUUAACACUUUCAAGAUAGGACCAGAAAAGUUUAUUUCGUGGCUUACGAUUUACGCUCCUCCAAUUGCUACUGGAAUGGAAUGCAUUUUUAGUGGUGCUCGUGCUGACUGCAAUGCUACCAAACAAGAGGCUGCUAAGAGGGCUGUAGAUUUUCUGCGCACUGCAUACAAUCUUGACAUAGUGGAUUUGAACUAUGGCAAUGGGGUUUAUGCUGGUAUUAAGUGUUCCUUGGCUAGGGAAAGCUACUUAGCAGCUAAAGAACGUGUAUUGGGGAUUCAAGGUGCUUUGCACUUAGCUCCUUUUUUAGGUGAAGAUGGUUGCAUAACACCUAAGUCUGCUGUGCACAGGAUUCCAACACCUGCUCUUCCUCCACCUCCACCUCAGAAGCCAAAAGCUAGGCCAUCUUUUGGUGACCGCUUCAGUCGGAAGCCAUUUGCAGUGCCUCCUGAGUUGGACACCUUAUUUAAGCGGAGGAAGUUUGAUUAGGGAUCAUAGUGGAGUCACAUAAGACCUUGUUUUGCUGGCUUACAUGUUUUGUUUCGUGUGUUCGUGUAGGCCCUUAGAUAUGGCAUAUUAGCUUAGUGUGCUGCUUGUAUUUCAGCUUAUUUUGUACUGCUUUAUGUGUUAGUUUUAUUGGCAAGUCAUGGUGGGUGUUUUCCCAGAAUAUAAUGUACUCCAGCCUUUUGAGCUUUGAUUAAUGAAGUCCUAUUUUCUUGUCA